CCGGAAGGAAGCGGUGCGCGUGGAGUGAGGCUCUUAAGUGGUGGGACCCGGCUAGGGCGUGUUUCUUGCUCGCUAGAGAGUGUGCUGUUUUCAAGAGACGAGACGUGUGCGACAGUCACAGAGCAGGGUGACAGCGAUGAAGGGUGUACAAAGACAGAGGACCACAAGGAAGACGAGAAUUAAAAGGCUGUCUGCAGAGAGCUGAAAAAUGGCAGCAAAUCAAAGUGUCGGCAUCUUUAGCUCGGCUUCCUUGGCGGUGGAGUAUGUAGAUUCUCUUUUACCUGAGAACCCCUUACAAGAGCCGUUUAAAAAUGCUUGGAACUAUAUGCUGGAUAAUUACACAAAGUUCCAGAUUGCAACCUGGGGAUCUCUCAUGGUUCAUGAAGUCCUUUAUUUCUUGUUCAGUUUACCUGGAUUUUUAUUUCAAUUUAUUCCUUACAUGAAGAAGUAUAAAAUUCAGAAGGAUAAAACCGAAACAUUGAAAAACCAAUGGAAGUGCUUUAAAGUACUUCUCUUUAAUCACUUUUGUAUCCAGCUGCCUUUGAUUUGUGGAACCUAUUAUUUUACAGAGUAUUUCAAUAUUCCUUAUGAUUGGGAAAGAAUGCCAAGAUGGUGUAUGCUUUUGGCAAGAUGCUUUGGCUGUGCUGUCAUUGAGGAUACUUGGCACUAUUUCAUGCACAGACUCUUGCACCACAAAAGAAUAUACAAGUAUAUUCAUAAAGUUCAUCAUGAGUUUCAGGCUCCAUUUGGAAUGGAAGCUGAAUAUGCACAUCCUUUGGAAACCCUGAUUCUUGGAACUGGAUUUUUCAUUGGAAUUGUACUUUUGUGUGAUCACGUGAUUCUUCUCUGGGCAUGGGUGACCGUUCGUUUGCUAGAGACCAUUGAUGUCCAUAGCGGUUAUGAUAUUCCUAUCAACCCUUUACAUCUCAUCCCCUUCUAUGCUGGCUCUCGGCACCACGAUUUCCACCACAUGAACUUCCUCGGGAACUAUGCAUCAACAUUCACCUGGUGGGACAGAAUUUUUGGAACAGAUUCUCAGUUUCAUGCCUAUUAUGAAAAGAUGAAGAAGAGUGAGAAAAAGACUGAAUAGAUUAUCUCGUGUAAAUCUUCCAGAAGGAAAACAUUUUCCCAAAAUGAAGCUGGUAGCUAACAUUGCACCUGGGCAGCAGAAGGACGCAUGGGUCACGGCUACUAAGUGAUGGGAGAACAUUAACAACCUGUGAUUAUCUUCCUACGGGAAACUUUUUCUGCUUUACAUACAAGUUCUGUAUUUAUAGAAAUAAAUAUAUGUUUAAGUCGGGUUUUCAUGAAGAUUUAAAAGGUUGCUAAGCUUACAGAGAGGGUUUUAAAUAAUAAAAAAAGUAUUCUGUGUUCUCUGUUUUUCCCCCACUAAUAUCAUAGAACUAAAGUUGACAUUAGGCUUUAAAUCUUUUAGAUAUAUACUGGCAAUUUUGGCAUUAUAUUUAACUUUAUAAAUAGUUUUAAGAAUUUGCCUAAAGAUCAAAAUAUCAUGGGAUGAACCACAUCAGUUGAUUCAAUGAAUAGAGCUGCCAAAUCAGGAAUAGCAAACACCAGGAACUUCCACGCUUAUCUGGAAAUGAUUUGUGAAGAACCCUUUUUGACUGUAUUCAGCAUAAAGCAUUUCUUAAUUGAUGACAGUGGAAUAUUUCAGUCUGGAGAUUUUUCCAAGUUACUUGAAUUAUUUUUUAAAUUAAGGAGCUUUAUCUCUGCUAUUUACCCUCUCAAUUUUUGUAUAUCAAGUUUCCAUUUACUAAAAUCUGUAUCUUGAAACUCUGAACUGACUUGCUGUAUUUGCACUUUGAGCUAUUGAAAUAAAUGUGAUUUUUGUCU